CCCACCCCUCCAGCUUCUAUGCUCAGGGCCUGCAGGACGGUAGCAGGAGUGGCCGUACAACUAGCUUCCUUGUGGGAACUCAACGGUCCUGCAGGAGAAGACCCAUGGAGUCCAGAACCUUCUGAGAAGAUCAUAGCUGAGCCCAGUGACAGCUCUCUGAGGAUUGUUCUGGUAGGAAAGACAGGGAGUGGUAAAAGUGAAGCAAACACUAUCCUGGGGCAAAGGAAAUUUGAUUCUAGAAUCUCACCCCAUGCUGUCACUAAGACUUGUCAGAAAGCAUCCCGCAAGUGGAAGGAGAGAGAACUCUUGCUUGUUGACACCCCAGGGCUCUUUGACACCAAGGUCAAGCUGGAAACCACCUGCAUUGAAAUCAGCAAGUGUGUCCUCCAGUCCUGCCCUGGGCCUCACACCAUCAUCCUGGUACUGCAGCUGGGUCGCAACACGGAGGAAGAGCAAGAAACUGCUAUUAGGAUCAAGGCUACCUUUGGGGAGGCAGCCAGGAAGUACAUGGUUGUCUUGUUCACCCGCAAGGACGAGCUGGAGGACCAGAGCCUAAAGGACUUCCUAGAAAGUUCAGACACAAACCUGAAAAGCAUCAUCAAGGAGUGUGGUGACCGCUGCCUGGCCAUCAACAACAGAGCAGGGAAGGCUGAGCAGGAAACGCAGGUGCAGGAGCUGGUGGAGCUGGUCGAAGCCACGGUGCAGAGCAAUGGCGGAGUCUACUUCUCUGAAGCCAUCUACAAGGAUGCCGAGCAAAGGCUGGAGAGCCAAGUAGAGCUCCUGAGGCGACUUUACACUGAGCAAGAACGGACUGAAAUUAGAAUAGUAGAGGAAGAGUAUGCUCUCGGGAAACUUAGUGCUCAGGAAAAAGAGGAAAUGGUACAGGCAAUUAGGGAAAAAUAUGACCAAAAGAUAAGACAAGAAGCAGAGAAUAGCAUACUCAGCCAGAUUGUUGAAGGAAUUAAGAAAAUUCUUUUGAAAGUGUGGCAUAUUUUUCGUAAGUAUAUUCUGUAUCGUUCUGCUAAAAAGUAUGCCUUCACCAAGCCCGGAGGCCUAGUCCUGAGAAGCAUGGGAGGAAGGAAGAUGGCAAGAGACGAGGAAAGCACCUAUGGCUUGGAGGAGGACUCACAGGCCCCAAGGGGGCCCCCUCUGAGGCUCAUCCUGGUAGGUAGGACCGGGACCGGCAAGAGUGCCACUGGUAACACCAUCCUGGGCCGGACGUGCUUCAUAUCCAAGCUGGGGGCUGUGCCUGUUACCAGAUCCUGCUCCUGGGCCAACAGGAAAUGGGCCGGCUGGUAUGUAGAGGUGGUGGACACUCCGGAUGUCUUCAGCUCUGAGGUCCAACAGACCGACCCUUCGUGCUUGGAGACAGCCCAGUGCUUCCUACAGACGUCUCCCGGGCCGCACGCGCUGCUGCUGGUCACCCAGCUGGGUCGCUUCACCACUCAGGACAGCCAGGUGCUGGCUGGGGUGAAGCGGGUGUUCGGGGAGCAGGUGAUGGCGCGGACUGUUGUGGUGUUCACUCGCAAGGAGGACCUGGCAGGAGAGUCUCUGCAGGAUUAUGUGCAAUGCACAGACAAUCGCGCGCUGCGGGAGCUGGUGGCUGAGUGCAGGGGCCGCGUGUGCGCCCUAAACAACCGAACCACUGGCCCCGAGCGCGAGGCACAGGCUGAGGAGCUGCUGGGCCUGGUCGCUAGCCUGGUGAGGGAGCACGGGGGCGCGUACUAUUCCAAUGAAGUGUAUGAUCUGGUGUGGACCCUGAGGGGCUCUAACCCCCAGGACCAAGUCACCAAGGUGGCAGAGAUGGUGGCAAGACGCAUGCAGAGGCCCCUGCGCACCAGGCUGCUAAUUGGGCUGUGGGACUGGCAGAAAUCUUACAGGAAGAGCUGGGGACGGGGCGUGGCUAUUUUCCUGGGUGUGGCCUUCCUGAUCUACUUGCUGGUCUACAGAAAGACGCCUAAGGCCAUUGGGGACCAGCAUAGCAGAUCCCUGCUGGCCCGGAAGAAAAUGGAAGGCCUCCAGAAGAGCACACAUGAAGCCAUUGUUGAAGGGAGCGGGGAAGCCUACUGUGGAGCAGAAUCGGACUGCCUGAGGAUCCUCCUGGUGGGUAAAUCUGGCAGCGGGAAAAGCGCCACAGGGAACAGCAUCCUGGGCCGAAAAGCAUUUGAGUCUAGGCUUGGAGCCCAGUCAGUGACCAGGACCAGCCAGGCAGAGACGGGCACAUGGAAGGGAAGGAGAUUGCUAGUGGUAGACACGCCCCCCAUCUUUGAGUCAAAGGCCCAGAACCAAGACAUGGACAAGGACAUUGGAGAUUGUUACCUGCUGUGUGCCCCAGGACCCCACGUGCUGCUGCUGGUGGCCCAGCUGGGACGCUUCACAGCUCAGGACACCAUAGCCGUGAGGAGGGUGAAGGAGAUCUUCGGGGCAGGAGUCAUGGGGCACAUGAUCGUCCUCUUCACCCACAAGGAAGACCUGGCAGAUGAGACUUUGGAUGAGUUUGUGACCCACACUGACAACCACAGCCUGCACAGCCUGGUCCGCGAGUGUGGGAGGAGGUACUGUGCCUUUAAUAACAGGGCCUCAGGGGAAGAGCAGCAGGGACAGCUGGCAGAGCUCAUGGCCCUGGUGAGGGGGCUGGAGCAGGAGCGUGAGGGCUCUUUCCAUAGCAAUGACCUCUUCCUUCAUGCCCAUGUGCUCCUUAGCGAUGGCUGCAGGGAGUCCCAGGAAGCCUACAGGUGCUACCUGGCCAAGGUGAGGCAGGAGGUGGAGAGGCAGAAGUGGGAGCUGAAGGAGCAGGAGGGCAGCUGGGUGGCUAGGAUGCUUUGCAGAGUCAGGACAUGCUUGUGCUCCCAAAUCGUAGCAGCUGCCCUUCUUAUUGGGUGCGGUUUGAUUUUCAUUGUCAUUUUAAUUAACUUGUAUGUUAACCAGUGGAACUGAGCCUUUUCAGGUGAUUUCUGCCAUCAGUGCCCUCUCCCAAGGUUCACAUUUCUGUCUGCACUGGGGCACCUCAGUUUCACUCUCAUUUGACUCCCUUGAAUCAAGUAUGAAAGAAAAAAAAACGUAUUUCUUAAGUUGUGAGGGUGAAUCAAGUAGUUCCAUCAUAAAGGUCCGGGUGUUGGUAUUCAGACAUCUGCACUGGCCGGCCCUUAGGGUCCUGACAGGCUGCUCCUCAACUGCGCCCUCUGUGUAAAUUCAAAGUUCUCGCGAGCUCCAGGGAGUCGCCUUGAACCCACUUCAAACAGCAUUUUGCCAGGUACAUGUGGUGCUUGACUGUUAUACAGAGACUGGACAGUGAAGUGAAACAGACAGAUACCCCAGGACAUGGCCAACACCCCAGAUAUCCCAGGUUCCCCAAAGAUGACCGACGCCCCCCAGGUCAGCAGGAAGCAGUCGCGAGAACACAGCAUCCUCAUCCCUGCUACCCCUUUCUAACGCCACCUUUUUAUAACAAACAAGAAGGAGGAAUGUUAGUAUUCAGGUAUCUGGACUGGCCUGCCCUUGGGGUCCUGACAGGAUGCAUCCUCAGCUGCAGCGACUAAGAGCACCCCCAUGCUCAUUGGCUAAGUUUCCUUAUAAAAGGCAGGCCUUAUCCACCUCCCGUCUCUUCCUCUUCCACCACUCAUGCCUCCAGAAACAGGUCUCUGUUCCGUUUUCUGCCCCUUCUCUAUCCUCUUUUUUUCUGCCCCUUCUCUUUCCCCGUUUUUUCUGCCCCUUCUCUCUCCUCUGCCAAUAAACCUCCCAUGUGA